GGCGAGCAGCUGACAGCGCCAUCCAUCCCAACCAUCUUCCGUUACACGUUCAAAACGCGUUCCAAAGCCCUCUCAAGCUCCAGGCCGAGCUUCCGAAUUCCACCAUGGGAGGAGAGUGCUGCAACCGCACCGUGCCAAUGUCGAAGCCGUCCGGCGAUUACCCGCAGCUGGCGGCUGGACCCGUUGGCAAGCAGAUCCACAGCAUCUACCAGAGCAGACUGAGGCAGUUCACCGACGGCGGACAGUACAGAGAGCAGAGCUUGAUUGGCAAGCUUGAUGAAGCCCGCGUCAAGGGCACCGACACCGCGCACGUCAAGCUCUCCGUCUACUCGCCGCCCAACCUCUCGCGCCCGCUCUUCAAAGAAGCCACGAGCCAUGAGUUCACGUCCACGCACGUCGGCGCCUCGUUCGGGCCCAGCUGGUCGACGCACUGGUUCAAGGUGCAGCUCACCGUGCCCAAGGACCUGCUGGGGAAGGAGCGCCUCGAGUUCCACUGGGACGCCGACAACGAGGGCCUCAUCUGGACCGAGCAUGGAGACACGGUGCACGGGCUGACUGGCGGCGGCGAGCGCGUCGAGUGGAUCUUGCCCGACGCGUUCCGCGAUGGCAAGGAGCACACAUUCUACAUCGAGAUGGCGUGCAACGGCAUGUUUGGCAAUGCGCCAGGCGGAGACUCGAUUCAGCCGCCCAAGCCAGACAGGUACUACACGCUGCACACGGCGGACAUUGUAGCCGUGAACCUCGAAGCGCGUGGGCUGUACUUUGAUUUCUGGGAGAUUGGCGAUGCGGCGAGAGAGUUCCCGCAGGACUCGCUCGAGGCCCAUGGCGCGCAGCAGGUCGCCAACCGCAUCAUCGACGCGUUUGUUGCCGGUGGUGGGAGCACGGAGAGCAUCAAGAAAGGCAGGGAGAUUGCACGCGAGUAUCUCGGCAACGUCGAUUCGCACAAGGUGUACGACGGCGACAAGGAGGCGCUUGUCACGGGCAUUGGGUACUGCCACAUCGAUACCUGCUGGCUGUGGCCUUUUGCAGAGACGAAGCGCAAGGUCAACCGCUCGUGGUCCAGCCAGUGCGACCUCAUCGAACGGUACCCCGAGCUACGUUUCUGUUGCUCGCAGGCGCAGCAGUACAAGUGGCUGGAGCAGGACUACCCCUCGACAUUUGACCGUGUCAAGAAGAAGGUCAAGGAGGGCAACUUCCAGCCGAUUGGAGGCAGUUGGGUUGAGCACGAUACCAACCUGCCUGGUGGCGAGUCGCUCAUCAGACAGUUUCUGUACGGACAGCGAUACUUCGAGAGCAGGUUCGGGCAGCGCUGCAAGACUUUCUGGCUUCCAGACACAUUUGGCUACUCGACGCAGCUGCCCCAGAUCUGUCGUCUUGCGGGCAUGACACGCUUCUUGACACAGAAGUUGAGUUGGAACAACAUCAACAACUUCCCUCACACCACCUUCAACUGGGUCGCCCUCGACAACAGCCAGGUCAUCUGUCACAUGCCGCCGUCCGAGACAUACACUGCAGAAGCCAAUUUCGGCGACGUCAAGCGCAGCGUCACAUCGCACAAGUCGCUCGACCAGGAUCAGACAUCACUGCUCGUCUUCGGCAAGGGCGAUGGUGGUGGUGGACCCACCUGGCAGCAUCUCGAGAAGCUGCGCCGCUGCCGCGGUAUCAGCGAGAAGACGAGCCUACUCCCACGUAUCAAGCUCGGCGACUCGGCCGACGACUUCUUCGACAAGCUGGAGAAGAAGGUUGAGAAUGGUACCGAGCUUGUUACCUGGUACGGUGAGCUGUAUUUCGAGCUUCACCGCGGAACCUACACGACGCAAGCGAACAACAAGCGCAACAACAGAAAGAGCGAGAUUCUGCUGAGGGAUGUCGAGUACCUUGCCACACUGGCCACGAUCAAGAAUGGCUUCGGCAAGAGCAGCGGAUACAGGUAUCCCAAGAAGGACAUCGAUGACAUGUGGGAGAAUGUGCUGCUGUGUCAAUUCCACGACUGCCUGCCCGGCAGCUCCAUCGAGAUGUGCUACGACGACUCCGAUAAGAUCUACGCUGAGGUCUUUGCGACCGGCGAGAGACUCUUGUCCGAAGCCUUGUCUGAGCUGGGCUUCGACGAUGAGAAGUCGCUCGGUGCUAACAGCAAGCUCUGCGCCCUCAACACCCUGCCCUGGAAGCGCAGCGAGAUUGUCAAGCUACCCAUGCCCCACACUCAUCAAUAUGGCCUUGCCCAUGGAGAUGCACUCAGCACCAUGUCCGUCCGUCCGCUUGCGUCCGCAUACUCUGCAGCAACCGCCUCCAUCUCGGAGACCAGCCCAGGUACUUUCGAGCUUCGCAACUCGCAGUACAGUGUCAAGGUCACUGAUGGUGCCAUCACUUCGCUUUACGAUCUAAAUGCCGAAAGGGAGCUGAUACCGAAGGGCAAGAAGGCUGCACAGCUGGUCAUCUUUGACGACAAGCCGCUCUACUGGCAAGCCUGGGACGUCGAAGUAUACCACCUCACCUCCCGCCAGGAGCUCUCGCCCAGCAAAGUGUACAUCUCCUCGUCCUCCAACGCCAAGGUAUCCCUCACCAUUGAGACCAAGAUCUCGGACAAGUCGUGGAUCACUACCACUCUCUCUUUGCCAGCCGCAAUCGGCAAUUCACCGAGCGCAAUCGAAAUCGAAGCCGAGAUCGAGUGGCACGAGACAAUGAAGUUCCUGAAGGUCGAAUUUCCAGUCGACAUCACCAACACCGAGGCAUCUUACGAGACGCAGUUCGGCAUCGUCCGCCGCCCCACCCACUACAACACGACCUGGGACAUGGCCAAGUUUGAGGUCUGCGUGCACAAAUGGGCCGAUCUGUCUGAAGCCACGUACGGCGUCUCGAUCCUCAACGACUCCAAGUACGGCUUUGCUGUUGCCGGCAACGUGAUGCGCUUGAGUCUACUCCGCGCGCCCAAGGCUCCAGACGCCCAUGCAGACAUGGGAAGGCACACUACCAAGUACGCCAUCUUCCCGCACGCCGGUCCACUCACCCACGCCACGGUCCGCAAAGCCUUCGAGUUCAACAACCCACUCCGCGUCAUCGGGCACAAGGCGCCCUCCGCCGCCGCCGACCUCGCGGGCGUAAGGGACGUGAAGCCCGGUGUUUUGAGCGCUUUCAAGAUCAUCGGUGCUGACAACCUCAUUCUCGACACUAUCAAGCGCGGCGAAGACGACGAGGAUGUUUCACGCGGCGAGCUGCCGGUCAAGAAGGGCCACUCUGUCAUCGUGAGGGUGUAUGAUGCGCUGGGUGGGCGCAGCAGGGCGGUGCUUACCUGGGGCAGCGUCAAGGUGAAUAGGGUUGUCAAGACAAACGCUCUGGAGGACGAGGAGGUGGAUCUGUCAGGCCAGAUGGUACACGUAGAGGGUGGGCAGGGCAAGGGUGUUGCGAUCGAGGUUAGAGCUUUUGAGGUCGCGACUUACAAGCUUGUGCUUGAGGAUUAGGGAGAUUGACAUGCGCGAGAGGGUGGAUACACGGUGUGGCCUGUCAUAUCGAGAACCAACAGAUAUGGAAGAAGGCAGUUGCUUCGCUUGUGGGAUUCUUAGUAAGCAGACGCGAAGCGUGUAGUUAUAUAUUGGCCACUGCGACUUCCAAAAUAACAUGCCUCCCACGACAAUACGCC